AUGGUUCGAUUGCGAUCUGGUCUGGUUGCUGGCGAAUACGAAGCGUUGCAAACUUCUAAUCAAGGGGACUCGAGGAGGCAACCCCCCGCCGUCCUAAACGAUCAGGAACGUGUCACAGCGUUGGAACAACAGGUAAAAGAGGUGGACGACAAGGUUGCCCUCACAGCCUUUAUGGGAGGACUACGGACUUCUAAGUUCCUAUUUUCCUUAUCAAAAGAAGCCCCUACAAGCAUGACAGAGUUGAUGGUUAGAGCAUGGAAGCACAUGAACGCUGAGGAUGCCACGAAUGCACAAAAAAACAAAGAUGGUGAAGAUAAGAGGUCGGAGAAGAAGAGGCCAGCACCUAACACUAGGGAGGAAAAGGAAUCGAAGUACAAGAAAUUCUCAAACAACCAGGCUGACAGAUCGUCUCGCCGCCCAAUUCAAGAUGACGCAUCAUUGAAAUGGCCGCCAAAGCUAAAAGCUGAUCCAACAAAGAGGUCUCUAGGUAAAUACUGUAGGUUUCACCGGGACCAUAGACAUAACACAGAAGAUUGUUUCGACCUCAAAAACCAGAUCGAAAACCUUGUUCGUAAAGGUCAUUUACGCAAAUUCACAACUGAAAAUGGAAAAGGAGGCUCCAACCCAGCCCGGGAGGGCCGAGAUAAUCGCCCUCCUCAACACCAACCAAUGGGUGAGAUCAAAGUUAUAUCGGGUGGCUUCGCUGGUGGUGGUGAGACGAGUUCGGCUCGGAGGGCUCAUGCUAGGAGUAUUCGGAGUUUUUCAGAGGUGAAUGAAGUUGGAAUGACAAGUCCUCCAACAAAAUUACCUCGAGUUGAGGAGCCGGUCAUAACCUUUUCUGAAGAAGAUGACAAGGGAAUUCACCAGCCCCAUGAUGACCCCCUGGGCAUACGAGAAAUUGAAAAUUGGCCGAGAGAAGCUCCGACCCAUGAAAUCACCACUGGUGGGAUUUUCAGGCGAUAA